GUCAGAAAUUACAACAUUGGUUUGGUGUUCGACGGCAGAACCGUGUAAAUAAUUGUAAAUGUAGCAAAUAGCUUAGAAAUAGAAAAAAAUACAUUAAAUGUCCCGCCAGCGCCAUUACAUUAUUAAUAGAAACGCAUAUGCAACACUGAAAACAAAUUAAAGGUGGGUACAACAAACGUAUUUAAUUAAUUAAAAUGUAUUGUUAAGACACGUUGAAUGUGGCACUAUAAUUGCGCAUUUUAGUCGUGCUUUCCAGCACUUUGUCAAGGUUUUUGCAACUUAACUCAAAUAUCCCGAAAAUUUAUUUCACACGUAAUGCAUAUCCCCCUCUCUACCGCAACUGUCAAGUGGUUGUCAUUAGAAGAUAACCUCAAAAAAUGUUCAAAAAACCCAAAUAUGAGCAAAUCGAAGAAAAUCCGUCACCUCUUCGACAAAAAAAUCGAUUUUGCGAACAAUGCCACGUUCGAAUUACCAACCGAAGCAUUCGUUUUGCCCAAAUGGUCAAUACCGUCCUUCCAGAACGACAAAGCCGAACUUAACCGGACUAAAAGUCUGCUAAACCAAUUUAAUCUGGAAGAAUGGUCGCGCCACACCAAACACAGAGACCCCUCAAGCUACAUAACCCGCUUCGUCAAGCAAAAAUUUCACCCGGAGCUCGUAACACAAGCCUGGUGCAAAUUCUACGAGUGUUUGUGCAGUUUUAAUGUAAUUCCAAAAGAGGCGAUCACGUCCAGUCGUUUCACGAGUUUCCACCUGUGUGAAGCCCCCGGGGCCUUUAUUAGCGCCCUUAACCACUACAUUGCCAGUCAGGGAUUGGAUUGGACCUGGGGGGCCAAUACUUUAAAUCCGGACCAUGAAGGCAAUUCGCCCCAGGAGAUGAUCCCAGAUGAUCGUCUCCUGCGUCACACUUACAAAAACUGGUAUUUUGGGUCCGAUUUCACAGGGAAUGUCACCAAGUAUUGCAAUCAUGUUGAUUUAGUGGAGAAAAUUCACGAAAAAGUGUGGCUGGUGACCGCCGAUGGGAGCAUUGACUGCAGUUCUGACCCCGGAAAUCAAGAAUCACACGUUGAGUUUUUGCAUUAUUGUGAAACUUUGACCGCGUUAGCUCUUCUCAAGCCUGGUGGCUCCUUUGUCCUAAAAAUUUUCACGAUGUUUGAGCACUCGACCAUCUGCCUCCUCUAUUUAUUGAACGUUUGUUUCGGCAAAGUGUCGCUCUUUAAACCAGGCUCCUCCAAAAGCGGAAACUCCGAAGUGUAUGUUAUUUGUCAGCACUUUAAAGGCCCCCAAGUGGUGGAAAAAAUUUGGCCCAGUCUACUUUCCCCGUACAAAUCCGGCCACUUUGUCGAUAAAUCAAUGUUUGACUUGAAUAAAAUUAACCCCGAUUUUUUGACCCAACUGUUGCACAUUUCGCGCUUUUUUAUGCAAAAACAAAUCGAACACAUCCUCGACAAUAUUAGAUUUUUUCGCAACGCUUCGCAAAACGAGUCGGGGAAAGUACACCAGAUUAAAGUCUACGUCGCUAAUCGUUACAUAAACAAGUACAAACUGAAGAGCAUUUCGCGACAUUUGAAACUUGUCCCAACUUUGGAUAUAUCACAGUUUUUUUCAAACGAAGUCAAAAAAAUUAAUUUCGUGAACGGAGUCGCCAAAUUCGAUGCGAAAAACUUGGUUCAAGUGAAUCCAACCCUUGAUAUUUUGGACGUGAAGUUGGGGGAAAAGUUCACACAAGUGAAAAGUUCGCGCUUUUGUGAUAAUUUACCCAAGUUAAACUUUAGCAAUAAAAUGAAAUCACACGGCCCGCUUUACCAACUUGUUGCAAACAAACUGGGGGCGACUGCGACCAUUAUUAGUCUAGACUCGCCUUUUGAGUCGUAUUACGACUUUCAGAAAGAUUUUUUUUACAAAAUAUUUCAUUCAAAAAAACGAAAUUUUUUAAUAGUUGGGGUCCCCCUCCUGACGAAUUUCCUCGCCGGGGUGAUGUACAUCCUAAUUUCGUGCUUUAGCCACGUCCACGUGCAUCAGAACGGUUGUAUUAUUCUGUGUGGGGGCGAUUUGGCUAAAAUCGCCCCCGUGUUCGCCACCGUCGAGAAGCGUUACAGAUCUGUGCCCGAUUGUGGUAUUUUGCAAAUUGUGCCGCCUGGUUUACUGUACAGUAACAAUUUUUUCGAUUUUGUGUGGAAUUACAACCGUUUGUUGCAAUUUUUGAAUAAAUGCUAGUCUCGUUUUGAAAA